GCUAUGGCGGCGGCUGCCUACGAGCUGCUGGUGCUGGGUGGUGGCUCUGGGGGGUUGGCGGGGGCCCGGCGGGCGGCGGAGCUGGGAGCUCGGGUCGCCUUGGUGGAGCCGCACCGCUUCGGUGGCACCUGCGUCAAUGUUGGGUGUGUGCCAAAGAAGGUGAUGUGGAAUGCAGCUGUCCACGCGGAGUACAUCCACGAUCACGCUGACUACGGCUUCGAGACGCCCGGAGUCAAGUUCAGCUGGAGGACAAUUAAGGAGAAGCGCGAUGCUUACGUGAGGCGCCUGAACGAGAUCUAUGAAAGCAACCUGAACAAGGCUCACAUCGACAUCAUCCGGGGCUAUGGCAAGUUCACCGCCGAUCCUCAGCCCACCAUCGAGGUGGAUGGGAAGAAGUUCACAGCUCCUCACAUCCUUAUAGCCACGGGUGGGCGACCAGCUGUCCCUUCUGACAGCGAAAUUCCUGGUGCCAGCCUGGGGAUAACCAGUGAUGGCUUCUUUGAACUGGAGGAGCUGCCCAGGCGCAGCGUCAUCGUGGGUGCCGGCUACAUCGCGGUGGAAAUGGUUGGGAUCCUGUCCACGCUGGGCUCCAAGGCAUCCCUGCUGAUCCGCAAGGACAAGGUGCUGAGGACCUUUGACUCCAUGAUCAGCUCAAACUGCACCCAGGAGCUGGAGAACAUUGGAGUGGAUGUUUGGAAGCACACAAAGGUCAAGAUGAUCACCAAGUCCCCUUGUGGGUUGCUGGAUGUGACGGUGACCUCCUCAGUGCCCGGCCAUAAGCCAGCAGAGGGAAUCAUCCAGGAUGUCGACUGCCUGCUGUGGGCUACGGGGAGGGAGCCCAACACCAAGGACCUGGGUCUGGACCUAGUGGGCGUGCAGGUGGACUCCCAGGGCCAUGUGGUGGUGGACGAGUACCAGAACACCAGCAGGAGAGGAGUCUAUGCCGUCGGGGACGUCUGUGGGCGAGCCCUCCUGACGCCAGUGGCCAUCGCGGCCGGCAGGAAGCUGGCCCACAGGCUCUUCGAGGGCAAGCGGGACUCCCGCCUGGACUACCACAACAUCCCCACCGUCGUUUUCAGCCACCCGCCCAUCGGCACCGUGGGCCUCACUGAAGAUGAGGCUGUGGCCACGCAUGGCAGGGAGAAUGUGAAGAUCUACAGCACAUCCUUCACCCCCAUGUACUAUGCUGUCACCCAGAGGAAGGUGAAGUGUGUCAUGAAGGUUGUGUGCGCUGGCAAGGAGGAGAAGGUGGUGGGAUUGCACAUGCAAGGGGUGGGCUGUGACGAAAUGCUGCAGGGCUUUGCUGUGGCCAUCAAAAUGGGGGCCACCAAGGCCGACCUGGACAACACUGUUGCCAUUCACCCCACUUCUGCUGAGGAGCUGGUGACUCUGCGCUGAGGCAGGGGCCAGAGCAGCUGCAGCAAAGAUCUGCUACAGGGCUUUGAAAGUGCCUUAAUGGCAGGUGGGGUGCCAGGAAAAGGUCUGGAACGUGAUUGUGGCUUGCAGUGGUGGGUAGGAAAUAAAUACA